UCCAGCCUUUGCCAAAUACCUUCCACUACCAGCCAUGAUCAGCGCCAACGAACGUCUUUUCCUCAUAGAAUCCCUCAAGAACGGCAUCCGCCAAGACUCCCGCAAGCUUGACCAGCUCCGCGAGACCCACAUCUACAUUUCCCCCGAGGAGUACGGCUACGUGGAGGUGUCGUGGGGCCACACUAAGGUCAGUGUACGUGUCAGCGCCGCCAUCGACAAGCCGUUUGAAGACAGACCGUUCGAGGGCAUCUUCAGUAUCAACUGCGACAUCAGUUCCAUGGCCAGCCAGAAGUUUGACAACUACAAAGUGGGCAACGACGAGGUGUUGAUCGGCCGCAUCAUCGAGAAGGCUAUCAGACGGUCCAACGCGGUGGAUUUGGAGAACUUGUGCAUCGUGGCCGGGUCCAAGGUGUGGAAGAUCCAGGUGGACGCCAACUUUCUCAAUUACGACGGCGGGUUGAUCGACGUGGGCAGUUUUGCCGUGAUGUUGGCCUUACAGCACUUCAAGAAACCCGACAUCAGCAUCGAGGACGACGUGGUGAUCGUGCACGACGUCGACCAGCGCCAGCCAGUGCCGUUGAGCAUCUUGCACGUGCCUGUGUGCUUGACGUACUCGUUCUUUACGCCAUACACCCGCGAGCAGAUCCUCAAGGGCGACACCGAGGAGAUCUGGGCCAUGGAUGCCACCAUGAAAGAGGAGGAGGUCCGUGACGGCAUGUUGGUGAUAACCAUGAACAAGAACAGGGAGUUGAUCCAAUUGAGCAAGAACGGUGGUGUGCCCAUCGACGCCAGCCUAUUGGUCGAAUUGGGAAUGAAGGGCAUGCAGGAGGUGGACCGCUUGACAGAUAUGAUGCGCGAUGUGUUGAAAAAAGACGAGAAAGAGCGUUACGAAAGAGGCAACCUCAAGUUGUUGGAGGUUGGGGCUGCGAGAUAAGCCAAAAGGAGCGAGAAAAGCUAUGGAUAGAGCCUGAAUAGAUACGGAUAGCGAGGACUGGCAGGCUGAAUCCACCAUGUGCUGGCCGACAACCAUCACAUGUUGCUGGUGGGAAUGCCUCGCUGAUGCUCCAGCAACUUUUCAUUGGACCUGGCUAAUUGCCCUGUUCAAUCUCCAGCAACCUCCCAGUUGUGGUGACCAUAACUCCACUCUUGCUUCUUACCCCAUCUGACAUGCAGGUGGAUUUUUGUCGUUGCACGGCGGAAUCCCACGGUGCCUCGAGGCCCGUUACGAACACGGGUGGACCUGAAAUGACCUCCUAUUAUCAGAGGAGGACCCCACACAUUACUACCAUACUCUGGAAACAACCUUAACUCAAACACUGGAAAUAUUCUAACUAUCCUCCAGAUGAGUUUACUUGGUGGGCUCCAAAAUA